AUGGAAAUGGCUUCCAGUUCUCGAACUGUAGAAGAGAUCUUCAAGGAUUACAAUAGUAGACGAGCUAGCCUUGUUCGUGCCUUAACCUAUUAUGUUAAUGGUUGUUAUGGUCUCUAUGAUCCAGAUAAGGAGAACCUGUGUCUGUAUAUACAGCCAAAUGAAACUUGGGAAGUUACUCUUCUAACAGAGGAAGUUCCACUUCUUGAACCUGCACUUGGGAUUAAUGAUGGACAAGUUAAAGGCAACUCGAGACUUGUUGAUGAAAGUUACGAGGAAGAUGAAGAUGAACAUAGUGAAACCUUUUGUGGAAGCUGCAGUGGAAACUACAAUGCUAAUGAGUUUUGGAUUGGUUGCAAAAUUUGUGAGAAGUGA